UCCACAGCAAACAUGGCGGCCGUCAAGAAACUGCAGCAAGAGCUAAAGUCCUUCACCAAGGACCCCUUGGAUGGAGUUAUGGUGACUGUUGAUGACACGGACCUCUUCACCUGGAACGUCGGCUUCUUUGGCCCCCCAGACAGCAUUUACACGGGCGGUUACUUCAAGGCCGUGCUCAAAUUCCCCCCCAGCUACCCUUUUGAGCCCCCGGCCAUGCAAAUGACAACACCACUGUUUCAUCCCAACAUUUAUGCCGAUGGCAAGAUUUGCAUUUCCAUUCUGCACCCUCCUGGCGAAGAUGAGAUGUCGGGCGAGCGCCCCGAGGAGCGCUGGAAUCCAACUCAAACCGUGCGCACCAUCAUCCUGUCCGUGCUUUCCAUUCUUAAUGAGCCCAACAUUUCUUCCCCGGCCAACGUCGAUGCUUCAGUGGCCUUCCGGGAUUGGCAGGCCGGCAAGUCCAAGCAGUACGAGUUGCGCGUCCGCGAUCAGGUGAAGCAGAGCCAACAGCAAGCAGCCGAUGAAGGACUGAGCAUUCCCAUGACCCAGGAAGAAUACCUGGCCUCCAAGGCUACGCAAGGGCCACGUACGCGCCACGGCUAUCGCCAGGACGACUUUGUGGUCGAGGAUGAGGAGAUCAAAUCUGAGGGAGAGAGUGAUGAUCAAGGCGACGACGACGACGACGACGACGACGACGACGACGAU